GACCCCAACAAAAAAGUAAAAUUUCUGUACAGAGAAGAAGCGUCCGAGAAAAGUUCGAUAUACGGUUUGGGGUUUUAAGUAUUUUCCCUUAAACAAUUAAGUAAUUAAAAUCAAAAAAAAAACUGUGAAAACUACUAAAAACAAGUUUUGAUGAAAAGAAUAUCGAAUAAUGUGUAAUUCUAGAUAAUUUGAAUGCUAGAUUGGUUACGGAAAAGUGGGCAAAUUAUCUCGGUGAAAAUUUUCGUUUGUGAAGUAAAGCAAGAAACGAGGUGUGUACGUGAAAAUUAAGGUCUGCUGUAAAAAGGAAAAAAGUGAAAGCAGACAAGAGAACGUGCACUUAAAUAUUAUAUGCAAAAACCGUGAAGUGAGUAGAAAGAGAAACAUAAAAGUGUUUGCUAAGUUUUUUAUUCACUAAAAAUACACAGUCCAAAAUGUUAAUGCACGCGUCUGACCCCGGAAACAGCAGCAGCUGAAAAAUCUUUAUAAUUGGAUAUCUACACAACGUUUAGAAUAUAAUAUCGAGUAUAUAUCUGAUCGUGUAAUAACGUUUUUUCUCCUGUAAACUCGCAAAUUACUUGUGACUCCAACUCUUGCCUCAUAUAAAUGGCCAUGGAGUUCGAGGAGCUUGAAGGUAUCGCCAAAACGGACUUCGUUCCGCUCAUGCCGCUUAUAAAACAAGAACAAAUGGAUACGGCAAUGCCCGAGGUAGCUGCACCGGAACAGCUCGUCGGUAUCGGCAAUGCUGCCACAGCUUCUACGUCCUCCUUUUCAGCAUCGUCAUUUGGGAAUCCCUGCGAUAGCGCCGAGAAGCGGUCGGAAUCCACAUCGUCAGCUUCCGCUAAGUUCGCCCUCCUCAAAUGUGUUUGGUGUAACCAAAUGCUCAGUAUCAAUGAUCGACCAAAGCUAUUGGAAUGUCUGCAUGUUUCCUGCUCUCAAUGUGUCAAUACAAAAUUCUCCGAGUUGGACCGCACUAUGCCACCCCUCAUACAUUGUCCCGUAUGUAAUAUGGCCUCACAGAAUGAGUUUAUCAUCGAUAAUCAAUUCCUGAUCGAGCAAUGUACCGCCGCUGGUGAUAACAGCCUGACAGAUGGUGGCUCCACAGAUGCAUCCAAAACGACCGUUACGGCCAAUAUCACCUGCAGCAGCUGCUCUGACAAUGCUAUAGCGACGUCAUGGUGUGUGGAUUGCUCUGAAUAUAUUUGCGACAGUUGCGUGCAGGCGCAUCAACGUCUCAAGAUCACCAAGGAUCACACAAUCAAGCCAAAGGAAGAAGCCAAUAAUGAACAAUUGCCCGGAGCAGCAGGUGUAGAUAAAUUACAUAUGUGUCACCUACAUCCGCAAGAGAAAUUGUCGCUGUUUUGUGAAACUUGCGAUAAGUUGACAUGCCGCGAUUGUCAGCUCAGCGAUCAUCGCGAUCAUAAAUACAAGUUUGCGCACGAGAUUGCCACUGAAACGCGACAAGCGUUAAAAACGCUCGUUUCGGAAAUCAACUACAAGCGCUUCCUCCUCUCAUCCGCCACAAAAGUGAUUGAUGAUCGACAAAAACAAAUUGCCGAUCGUAAGAAGGAUCUCAUUAAGGAGAUUACUGCGAUGGUAGUGAAGAUCACAAAUACAGUAAAUAUGCGGGGCAAACAGUUGGCUAUGCGUCUAAAUGAGGUGUGCGAUACCAAAAUGAAGGUACUAAUCGAGAAAAAAGAUGCUUUGCAGCUGCUGUCGGACAACACUGAUCACUGCAUCGAGUUUAUGGAGAACGCUAUGGAAAAGGGCAGUGACUACGCAAUUCUGUCUAGCAAGAAAUCGUUGGUGCGACAUCUGCAGAAGCUGAAAUGUCAACGUGCUGACAUUCCGAACCCGGAAAUUCCAGUGCGAAUUCAAGUACAAUUGAAUCAGGUUUCUGAAUUGCAGAAAGUCAUUUCGCAGCUUGGCACUGUUAUUGUAGACGGCAAACCGUAUCCGCCAGCACCAUCUCCCAAUGGCCCGCCACGCCAGCAGCCAAGUCCCAAUAUGGCGCCGCCACUGCGUCCUGGCCUUCCGCCCGGCAUGCCCGCAGGCAUAUCUCCCACAGGCCCUCCAGGCGGCUAUGGACCCCAGAAUGGACCGCCGAUAUACAACAACAGUUCUCCGGCACAGCAGCAGUUUAACAACAUGCAAAUGAAUCGCAACUACGCUGCGGAGGGCGCAGUUCGCUUCGGUGCCAUGCCACCAGUGGGAAUGCAGCGUCAAGGUCAACCACAUGUUAGUUCCUCAACACACCCUCAAAAUAUGGAUAUGAGCUUACGUGGCCUACUGAAUAAUCAAGCAGCGCAGAGCCCCAAUCAAGCACAUAUAUCCUUUAACGGCCCCCCUAACUAUCCCGGUGGUCCACAAGGCGCCGCUUCGCCACACCAACAAAUGACUACCCAAAUGCGGCCGCAUUUUAUGGGCGGUCCUCCAGGCCAACAACAUCAGAAUUACCCGCAGAAUACGCCUGGUGGACCGAAUAACCCGAAUUUCAUAAACAAUACUGCACGUUUCCAGAACUAUCAGCGUAUGUCGAGUCACGCGCAACAGCAGGCCGCGGUUGCAGCAAUGUCAAGCGGGGGCGGACCUGGUGGCCCGUGCGGAAGCCAAAUACCGUCGCCAAACGCUAUGCAGCGACCGCAAAUGAUGCCCAAUCCAAUGCAGAAUAACAUGGGGUUUCAUGGGAGCCAGCCUGGCUUCAGUCCCGGUCCCCCUCAGACAUCGCCACAAAUGAAUAGCAGCUUGAGCAGCAUGCACAGCAUGGCCAAGUGGCACAUACCUCAAUCGGCGCAGCAAACAACUUGUCCGCAACAAGGUCCGCUCAUGCAGUUUGCGAAUGGCCGUCAAACGGAAAACUUUAAAAUUUCCCUAAAAUCUCCAAAUACUCUGAAGAAUACCACACCGCCAAAUGGCAACUCGUCGGCGCAUAGUAUGCAAGGCGCUUCUAGCUUGCAUGCCGCUUCGCUUGGGCUCGGACCAGCUGUCUCCAUACUACCCAACGUCACAUCAACGAAUCCAAAGACGCCGAGCCCGAGCACUAACGAGAACGCAAAAGAUUUCACCGAACCGAUUGACAAGGUCCGUGACGAUUCUAUAAACGAUCUAAUGGCCACAAUUGCCAAAUUGGACUCGAACGGUGUUCAGGUUUUGCCGGAAGGGCGCACCAAGACCACAUCGCCACAAGUGCAUAGCUCAACCGAUCUAUCCAAUACUCAAGAAGACGAUCCGAACGAAGAUUGGUGUGCGGUUUGCCUUGACGGUGGAGAACUCAUGUGCUGCGACAAGUGCCCGAAAGUGUUUCAUCAGAAUUGUCACAUUCCUGCGAUCAGUUCGCUGCCAGACGAGAGCGAAAGUUGGCAAUGCCUAUUGUGCGUAAACCUCAAAGAACUGGCUAACAACACAGAUAACACACAGAAAGUACCCGGCGAGCUGAGUCGUUUAGAAUUACAGAUAGUGCAACGUAUUUGUCUCGAAUUGUACUGCCAGUACGAGCAGAGUCUGCACUUCCGCGAACCGGAACCGCCUACUAAUACAGCCUAUUAUGAGAUUAUUUGCAACCCAAUGUCUUUGGAUGUUAUACGUACAAGAUUGGAUCCUUCCAGUCCAAAUCAUUAUAAGGAUAUCGCUGGCUUUGUAUCGGAUGUGCGUCUAAUAUUUAAAAAUACUUACCUCUUUUAUCAAGAGGAUUCAAAAACAUUCACUAAUGCAAAAUAUUUGGAGAACUUCUUCGAAGAACAAUUGGCCAAAUGGCUGCCAAAUUUCGCUAACAAAUCCCAUUCAAAUGCAUUAAAUGGUAAUGUAAAUACAAAUAACAUCAGCAACCCAACAAAUAACAGCAAUAAUAGUGCUUCCACGUCGACAGCAGCAUCUCCAGGUCUCAUGAAUAUCGCCACCGGAGCCGUUGGCUCACCCGGUAGCAUUGCAUUAAUGGAGAACGGUAGAAAGAGCUGCAGUGCAGCUUUAAGUCGGGAUGAUGACUCCUUCAUUCCGCCAAAGAGAUCACGUAAACUAACCGAAUAGGAAAAAUUUAAUCAGCUACUUAACAGCAUGCUAGCAACAAUCAAUAAUGGCAACGAAAGCGAAGAAGCGCUCGCACUGCUCAGUCUAUGCUGCCCGCCGCAAGCGCAGGCGCCGAGCCUACUUUUCUAAUGCCUAGCUAUGGCGAUUACAUUUAAUAAAAACGAAAACGAGGAUUUAAAACUUAUUAACGCAAAAUGCCACAAGAUGAGUUAGUAAAAAAUAUCAUACGGCAUUGAUCAAAGUUAUGCUAACGCCACGCAUUUGCAAUCUAAAAUGUUUUUGUGUCAGCAUUAUUUAAAGUAGUGAUUUUGAAGAUUUUAUUGGCAUCGAAUUUAUAUAAGAAAUGUUGCAGCACUGGCAUGAGCCCCAAGAUCUGCAGUACCGUCUUCAAAAUUUGUAUUCGAAGUAACAUUGAGAAACUUCCCAUACUAUGACAACAGUAAAGAAUUAAAUAUAAGAAUAGACAUUAUUUGAAAGACAUCGUUUUGAAAUUAACUAUAUAUAUACAUAUGUAUGUUGUAAAUAAUUUAA